AGGAGGCGAAAAAGUGAUUAUAUUUCAACAUGAAUCCAAAGGGAAACACGAGGGCAAAAUAUUAUGGCACAAAUAAGCCUCAAAAAGACAAAUUUAAGGGACACAAAGGAAAAAUAAGAAAGCAACAACUGUACAAAUCAAAACCGAAGAAUUUAGAUCUAAUUAACUCUGAAAUAACAGGAUUACAAAGUCGAUAUCAAAAUAUACAAGCUAAAGACAUAAAAAAGUUUGCAGACUUCCCAUUAUCAAAGAAAACAUUGGACGGAUUGCUGAAAGCCAAAUACACCACUCCAACAGAAAUUCAGAGAGAAUCCAUAGGUUUGGCUCUGCAGGGAAAUGACAUUCUAGGAGCAGCAAAGACAGGCUCAGGGAAAACUCUGGCUUUCCUUAUCCCUGUUUUGGAGUGUUUAUUCCGUCAGAAAUGGAGUUCUAUAGAUGGACUGGGUGCCCUAAUUAUCUCCCCUACACGAGAACUAGCUUACCAGACAUUUGAAGUUUUAAAGAGGAUCGGAAAAUUUCACGACUUUUCUGCAGGCCUAGUUAUUGGUGGAAAGUUACUGAAAGAGGAGACAGCUAGAAUCAACCGGACCAACAUAAUCAUCUGUACCCCCGGACGACUUCUACAACACAUGGAUGAAACCUUCAACUUUACUGCAGAUUCACUUCAAGUUCUAGUGUUGGAUGAGGCAGACAGGAUUUUAGAUCUUGGAUUCAGUAGAGACAUGAAUGCCAUCAUAGAAAACCUUCCCUCAGAGAGACAGACGUUACUCUUCUCUGCCACACAAACAAAAUCAGUGAAAGACCUGGCUCGUUUGAGUCUGAAGAACCCAAUGUUUGUUUCUGCUCAUGAGCAUUCUACAUACAGCACACCCUCCCAGCUAGAGCAGAAUUACGUUGUUUGUGAACUUCAUGACAAAAUCAGCAUGCUGUGGUCUUUUGUGAAGAAUCAUCUUAAGUCCAAAGUCCUUGUCUUUCUGGCCAGUUGUAAGCAGGUAAAGUUUAUAUAUGAAAUCUUCAGAAGAUUAAGACCUGGUGUGACAGUCCUAGCUUUACAUGGUGCAAUGAAUCAACUAAAGCGUGUCGACAUGUACAACCAGUUUUGUCGUAAACAGAAUGCCGUCUUGUUUGCUACUGAUAUUGCAGCAAGAGGAUUAGAUAUUCCUGAGGUGAAUUGGGUGAUACAGUUGGAUUGUCCAGAGAAUGCGAACACGUACAUCCACAGGGUGGGGCGGACGGCCCGCUAUCACAAAGACGGUGAAGCCCUACUGGUCCUCCUACCCUCCGAGGAGGAGGGCAUGAUUGCGCAGCUUGAGGAGAAGAAAAUCCCCAUCAAUAAAAUUAGAAUAAAUCCCAAAAAGCUGUGGAGCAUUCAGACAAAACUGGAGUCACUUUUAGCAUCUGAUCCUGCCUUGAAAGAGACAGCACAGAGGGCAUUUCUUGGUUACUUGAGGUCUGUGUUCCUAAUGAGCAACAAAAAGGUUUUUGAUGUUCACAAACUAGACACAGAGAAAUUUUCAAGCUCUUUGGGUUUAGCAAUUCCACCAAGAAUACGAUUUUUGAAGCGUGAGGAAAAACGUCAAGCUGAAAAAGAGGCCCAGAAAAAAGACAGUCUUGCAAAAUUAAAACGGACCGCUGAGGAGGAGGAAGAUGAGGAGGACAUCUCAGGAAGUGAGGAAGAAUCAGAGGAAAGUAUAUCUGACUUUGACACAGACAUGAAAAUUACGGAAAAAAAACGUGCUGAAGUCAAACAUUCAGAUGAAUAUGAUUCUUCAGAAUCUGAAAGUGAAAGUAGAGGUGUGAGGACUAGUAAAAAGGAAGAGAGUUUGAAUUUUGAUUUAGAUGAUGACAAUAGUGAUUUAUUCACUGUGAAAAGGAGAGUGCUACCAGAUACUGAUUCAGAGGAUGAAAAAAGAGAUAAAUCAGUGAAGAAAGAAAAAGAUAAAAAGCCACUGUCAAAAUUUGCUCUAGCUAAAAAAUUACAGAAGAAGAAUGUAAAAGUGAAUACAAAAGUGACAUUUGAUGAAGAGGGAGAGACUGUGACAGAUGUGUUGAAGAAAUCCACAGUGGAGGAUGAAGAGGAAGAAGAUGAAGGAGGGAUAGACAUAGCAGCAGCCAGGCAGAGGAUGAUAGAGGAAGACAAGAUAGAUAAACAGAUCUAUACGGAGCGGAUCAAACAGAAACACAGGGAGGAGAGAUUGCCAGGUGUCGAGAAGAAAAAGCUGUUUUUUUGGAAGCAUAAUUCUGAACAAUUCAUUACAUACUCAGAACAUACCUUAAGCCAUCAUCAUUCUGAUGAGGAUGAGAUGGUUGUCCAGUUAGGAGGGUCUGAUGAGGAGGAGGGGGAGGAAGAUGACCCCCUCAGUUACAUCCCCACCCCCGACAAUUCUGACCAAUCAGGAGAGGAGAGCGAGGGAGAAGUACCAUCAAAGAAGAGAAGAAUGGUGGUGAAUAGUGAUGAGAGCAGUGAUGAAGAGGAAGACAAUGACAGCGAAGAAGAAGAAGAUGAUAUGGGGGAUAGUGAUGAUGAAAGUGAAGAAAGUAAUGAGGAAAGUGAAGAGGAAAAUGAAGAUGAAAUUGGAGGUGAAAAUGAAGAAGACAUUGACACUGGACUGAGUCUGAAUGAUGAUGAGGCUAUUGCCCUCAAACUGUUACAAAGCUGAUAUUAAAUAAAUGAAA